GAAGCCUAUGAAGUGAUAAACUUGAUGAAAGUUACAGGGUUGAGACCGUGUCUUUUGACUUAUAAUUCAAUAAUCAAUGGUUUAUGUAAGAAUGGACAUUACAGUAGAGCACGGCAACUUUUGGUUGAGUUGGCAGAGAGCGGACUGGCCCCUGAUACCGCUAGUUAUAACACUUUGCUUGCUGAGUGCUGUAGAACAGGUAACUUGCAGGAAGCAGAAUCUGUUUUCAAAGAAAUGUUGUGUCGAGCUAUCAUCCCUGAUUUGGUUAGUUAUAGUUCUCUUAUUGGGUUGUUUUCAAGAACGGGUCGUCUCGACUGCUCAUUGGCGUACUAUGAGGAUAUGAAAUCCAAGGGUCUUACACCAGAUAAUGUAGUCUACACAAUUCUCAUCGGUGGUUUUUGUAGAAAUGGAUCUAUGAAGGAGGCUAUGAAGAUGCGUGAUGAAAUGCUGGAGCAGGGUUUGCAUAUGGAUGUGGUGACUUACAAUACCAUAUUGAAUGGAUUAUGCAAAGAAAAGAUGCUUCAUGAAGCUGAUGAGCUUUUCAAUGAGAUGGUGGAAAGAGGUGUAAAUCCUGAUUUUUACACUUUCACUACGCUUACAAAUGGAUGUUGCAAGUGUGGUAACAUGGACAAAGCACUGACCCUAUUUGAGGGCAUGCUGCUGAGAAACCUCAAGCCUGACGUUGUGACAUACAACAGCUUGAUUGAUGGAUUUUGUAAGGUUGGUGAUAUGGAAAAAGCUUUCAACUUAAGGGAUGAGAUGAUCUCUGUGAGUAUUUCUCCUAAUUAUAUUACAUACAGUAUUCUCAUAAAUGGCUUUUGUAACAAGGGUUGCGUAUCCGAUGCAUUAAGACUAUGGGAUGAAAUGAUUGACCUAGGUAUCAAACCUACUAUUGUGACUUGCAACUCUAUUAUCAAGGGCUAUUGCAGGUCUGGUGAUGCUUCGAGGGCAGAUAAGUUUCUGAACAACAUGCGGUCCCAAAGAAUAUUUCCGGAUUCAGUUACUUCCAAUACUCUUCUUGAUGGGUUUAUAAGAGAGGGGAAUAUGGAUAAAGCUUUAGACUUGGUUAAUGAAAUGGGAAAUCAAGGGCUGUCACCUGAUGUGAUUACCUAUAAUACCAUACUGGAUGGUUUCUGUAAAUUUGGUCGAAUGAAGGAAGCCAACAUGCUGUAUAGAAAAAUGGUCGAGAGGGGUAUUAACCCUGACAAAUCCACAUAUACAUCAUUGAUAAAUGGACAUGUCUCUCUGGAUAACUUGAAGGAGGCUUUUCGUUUCCAUGAUGAAAUGCUGCAGAGAGGCUUUGUUCCUGAUGACAAGUUCUAACCUCCUUGCUGUUUAUGCAAAAUGAAGAUUAUGACCAUCAAAUUUUGGCAUUUUGAGAUUUCUGCUUCUUCCUUUUUGCAUUUCCUUACUGGUGUACCACAAAGGGACUACGAUGCUGAGACAAGCGAUAUGCAUAUACCUAUCUUCUGUGAACUUGACGUCAAAGGUAUACGUAUAUGACAUAUGGGCUUCCAUUACCUUCUCUUGAUUUUGCUGGUUGACUUCAUGGUAGUCCUUCAUCAAUGAGCAUGAAAAACAUUCUAGUGGUAGUUCUCAGAGGUGUAAUCAAAGAUCUAGUUGCAGUUGUGUUAUCAAACCAAAUGAGUUUCAGGUCCCACAUGGUUGACCAUACUAGGAUAGAUGGAUUGAGGACAUAAACUUGCCUGGGAUGGAACUCUAGGUUACAGAUUUUGGGACCACUUCCCGCUCAUUGAGAAACAGUGGAGAAUAUGCUAUAUAUGGAUAUAUUGCAAAGACAAAGGAUUGUAAUAUGGGAAUAUAGUGUAAAAAUUAAGUCUUGUAGCCUAUGGAAAAUUGUUGGGUUCUUGGAUUUGGUUUGGACAAAAUUGAAGAAAAUUUUCAUGGAACUUGUGAGCAAGAAUGUAAAUCUCACGAACAUGAUUUUAAUUUGGCUAUUGGAAACAGCCUCUCUACCUUCAAGGUAGGGGUAAGGUCUGCGUACACACUACCUUCCCCAUACCCCACUUGUGAGAUUACACCGGGUUUGUUGUGGUUAUGGAAGGUGCGGAAGAUUGGAUUUGAGGUUGAUCAAAGUUGUACUGAUUGUCGAAAUGGAAAUAACUGGUACUUAGAGCUUUUGAUAUUGUUUUGACUGGGAAGUUCCCGUAGUGGCGCUACUAUCACAUGAUUUAGAGGUGGCGGCAUUGAAUGAAGAACCUUACACUAUACAAUGGAUAAGACAGAAUACUGGAAUCUCCUCUGUUAAUUCCUGUUACAGGGCAUGUAACAGUGAAGGGGACAACAACAUAGUUUGGCCUUGGAAGCAGUUAUGGAAGUCGAAGGCGCCCUAUAAACUCAGCUGUUUUUUUGUCGCUAGCCUCAAAUGAUGUUUGUCUCACUCAAGCCAGCCUUCUUUUUAGGGAGCGUUUUGGUGUCGAGAAAAUAGCUGAAAAUAGCUGUCAAGAAAGAUUAUUUAUACCAAUAAUAACCUUUGUAGAGAAAACUAGCCAAAUUUACACUUUAAACUAAAAAGUAAAAGGGAUUUUUACCUUCCUAUACUACAUAUGAAAUUUUAUUAUCCUCCCUAAUCAAGUUUUAAUUUAAUUA